ACACACAAACACACUCACCACGUGCCUGGCUGUCUGCCCCUCUGUUUGUGGACGCUAAAGAAGAGGAGAGGAUCCACCAUCAAAAUAGCUGAAGCUCUCACGUGAAAAUUUAUAUCAUGGAUGCAGCAGAGUUUCGGCGCAGAGGAAGGGAGAUGGUGGACUAUGUGGCUGACUACCUGGAGAACAUAGAACAGCGACCCGUCUACCCAGAUGUGGAACCAGGGUAUCUUCGUUCCUUGAUCCCCACUGAGGCCCCAAUGGAACCUGAGAAUUAUGAUGACAUUAUAAGAGAUGUGGAGAGGGUCAUAAUGCCAGGGGUCACCCACUGGCACAGCCCAUACUUCUAUGCCUACUAUCCAGCUGCUUCCUCAUACCCUGCCAUGUUGGCUGACAUGUUGUGUGGAGCCAUUGGAUGUAUUGGAUUCUCCUGGGCUGCCAGCCCAGCCUGCACAGAGCUGGAGACAGUGAUGUUAGAUUGGUUUGGGAAGAUGCUGCAACUGCCUGAGUGCUUUAUAGCCGGGACUCAUGGUCAUGGAGGAGGUGUCAUCCAAGGCACAGCCAGUGAGGCGACCCUGAUGUCCUUGCUCGCUGCCCGAUGUAAAGCAGUCCGAUGGGUUCAGGCCUCCAACCCCAAAAAAUCGGAAGCUGAAAUCUUCUCAAAACUGGUGGCGUACACCUCUGAGCAGGCUCAUUCCUCAGUGGAGCGUGCGGCUCUGAUUGGAGGAGUGAUGAUGAGGAAGGUUCCUACAGACAACUGCUUUGCCGUCAGAGGUGAUAUACUUAAGGAGAUGGUGGAGAAGGACAAAGCAGCUGGACUCAUCCCUUUCUAUUUCUGUGCGACUCUCGGAACCACUCCAUCAUGUGGUUUUGAUUCUAUCACCGAGCUGGGACCCAUAUGUAAUGGGGAAAAUAUGUGGAUGCACAUUGAUGCAGCAUAUGCUGGGAGUGCAUUUAUCUGUCCAGAAUUUAGGCCUUUGUUGAAUGGUGUUGAGUUUGCAGAUUCGUUCAACUUAAACCCACACAAAUGGCUUUUAGUCAACUUUGACUGCUCUACAAUGUGGGUGAAGAACAGAGCAGACAUUAUUGGAGCCUUCAAGAUGGAACCACUGUACCUGAAACAUGAAAACCAGGAGUCAGGACUGGUCACAGAUUAUAGGCACUGGCAGAUUCCACUGGGAAGAAGAUUUCGCUCACUGAAGAUGUGGUUUGUCUUCCGCAUGUAUGGACUCAAAGGCCUGCAGGCCCAUAUACGCAAGCAAGUGGCCUUGGCCAAAGAAUUUGAGAGUCUAGUACGAGCAGACAAGAGGUUUGAGAUCUGUGCUGAGGUCAUCCUGGGACUGGUCUGUUUCAGGCUUAAGGGCUCCAAUGAGCUGAACCAGAAGUUGCUGAAAAUGAUCACCAAGAGCAGAGAGAUCCACCUGGUGCCUUGCCAGCUCUCCGGCCGCUUUGUCUUGCGUUUUGCCAUCUGCGCACGAGCUACAGAGUCACGUCACAUCCAACAAGCAUGGCAGCACAUCACACAGCUGACCUUUGAGCUUCUGCAGGAGCCAAAUCAUUGACCAAAAGGCAAGGGAUGAUGCUGAAGCCUAAACAGGGACCAAAGUUAGGACAAAAGUUUCAUGUUGUAGUAUUAAAAUGUCACAAAGGGAAUGAAUGAUGAUCUCACAGCUCACUUAGCAGUCAAGCGUGUUUGUGUCAGCAGCCAAGUUGUAAAGUCUUGUGAGCAGUGGUCAUUAUUUUGCUGAUAUUUUGAUUUUGCGAGCUUAUUACACAUCUACAAAAACCCAAAAGUGCAUAACAGGAAAGGAUGCAGGUUCCAAAUAUUAAAUUUUCUAUGUGCAACUUCUCUCUCCAUUGAUUUAGCUUUUAUCUGCAGACAUGGUCUGUACUGUCUCUGUGUCUUCUGUGUGUAAAAUCUGGUUUGGGUUAGCUUGGCUGGGUUAAAUUAUGGUGAAAAUGUUUUUUCUGCAGCAAAUGUAUUGCACAAUGUGUGUGUGUGUGUGUGUGUGUGUGUGUGUGUGUGUGUGUGUGUGUGUGUGUGUGUCUGCAAUUUUCUGUGGGUGCUCAAACAGAAAUAGCUUUUCUCUGUGUACAUUUUCAGUGCAGGGUUACAAAUGAAUGGGUUGUAAAAGUGUGAGAAAAAUAAAUUUAUCAUAUUAACAGACUGAUAUAUGUAUUGUACAGGGGGGCUUCAUAGAGCAUGUGAGGUUAGAAACUUCUAACAUUGCUCCUGGUUUUCAGGUUAAACCCCUUAUAUAAGUGCAUUAUUUAUUUAUGGCCUCAUUAGCAAAAUCACUUGUUUAAUACCUAACUUAAUAAUAUUCAUUUUACAGAUUAUUAAUUCAUGUUGUGUCUUAUGCGCAGUGAGCCAUUAUUUCCCAAAACUGUAGCUCAAGACAAUCAUUCUUCCACUGAAAGUCAGUGGAAUGAGAAUGAAAUUAUGCUACUUUUGGGUACAGGAGACAACUGUUUGUUUCUUUACUGAGUGUAUUCAUAAUCAUUAGAAUUACACAUGAACAUGAUUUAAAAUAAUCACAUUAUAUUAUGUAAUUUCUGUGUUGAGACAGAAAUAAAAGAUCAAAUAAGUAGAUUUAAAAGAAAGUAAAUUGUAAGUUUAAUUGAUGUGAAAAUAAGUUGAACAUAGGAUCCUUCACAUUCCCUGAAUUAAGUUUAAGCCUCAAGAUAUCAGGCAGAUUCUCAUGAUGAACAAAUGUGAUUAAAACAAGACAAGUCUCCUGCCUGUUGUUCACACCCCCAACGUAUCUUGUCACUGUGGUUUGUAUAUUGUUGAUCCCUCACAUUUGUCUGCCAGGGGAUAUGUAAAUCUGUGGUGUGACAUCAUCACCCCUUGUUGUUAAUUCACGUGAUUGUGUCAAAGCCUGCUGCUAUUACUGAUCAAGAUGCUUUCUUUUUGGCUUGGCUGUGUGCUGCAUGCAAUGGUAUGGGAUUAUUUUUAAUAAAGUCUGCUGUAGUCUG